CUUAUUAAGUUUAUAUAUUUUAUCCCCUAUAAAGAAUUUAAUACGGUAAAAGACUUAGUAUACGUAUUUAUUAAAGUUAUAUUUUUAAAUUACGGUUUAUUAAAAGAAAUUAUUUUUAAAAAGGAUAAGCUAUUUAUUUUGAAGUUUUAG